GGUCGGAGACGCAACUCUUGUUCCUAAUUAGAGGGCGUGAGAAAACUGCUCGCUUAGCUCUGCAGCUUGCUUGGCCAGACUGCUUGAGAUUUUUCAUUUCUGAGACUGAAGCUUAGAUCAAGACCAUCCUUGACUGAUUUCUGGCAGGUACAAGAAUCAUAAACUGCUGUGACUAUGAAGAGAGUGACUUUAUCAUUUUUACUUAGAGAAAAAUGAUAGAGAAAAAUCAAACUUGUUCUGAAGGGCAGGAUUCUAUGCCCUACAUUAUUUGUCUGCUUCACAUUUUGGAAGGAUGGAUUGAUGUACAACAGUUAGAGGAUUAUUUGAAUUUUAUUAACUAUCUUCUGUGGGUAUUUACUCCUCUAAUAGUCUUGAUACUUCCUUACUUUACCAUUUUUCUUCUUUACCUUACUAUUAUUUUCUUACAUAUUUACAAGAGGAAGAAUGUACUAAAGGAAGCAUAUUCCCAUAAUUUAUGGGACGGUGCAAGGAAAACUGUAGCAACAGUAUGGGAUGGACAUGCAGCAGUAUGGCAUGGUUAUGAGGUUCAUGGGAUAGAAAAAAUACCAGAAAAAGGACCAGCACUUAUUAUUUUUUACCAUGGGGCGAUUCCUAUAGAUUAUUACUACUUUAUGGCUAGAAUCUUUAUCCAUACAGGCAGAACCUGCCGAGUAGUAGCUGAUCAUUUUGUUUUUAAAGUCCCAGGGUUUAGUCUGUUGCUUGAUGUAUUUUGUGCUCUACAUGGACCAAGGGAAAAAUGUGUUGAAGUACUGAAGAGUGGCCAUUUGUUAGCUAUUUCACCAGGUGGAGUUCGAGAAGCUCUUCUUAGUGAUGAGACCUACAGCAUAAUUUGGGGUGAUCGUAAAGGCUUUGCCCAGGUUGCUAUAGAUGCAAAAGUGCCCAUCAUUCCUAUGUUUACACAAAAUAUUCGAGAAGGAUUUAGGUCACUUGGAGGAACAAGGUUAUUUAGGUGGCUUUAUGAAAAAUUCCGGUAUCCAUUUGCCCCAAUUUAUGGAGGUUUUCCAGUCAAAUUACGCACAUAUUUAGGUGAUCCCAUUCCCUAUGAUCCAAUGGUGACAGCAGAAGAACUAGCUGAGAAGACAAAGAAUGCAGUUCAAGAGCUGAUAGAUAGACACCAAAGAAUACCAGGAAACAUCAUGAGUGCUCUGUUGGAACGUUUUCACAAAAAACAAGAGGCCAACUAGAUUUUUUAAAAAAUGCUAAUAUAUAUUUGAAUCCAUCAUUAUUAUAUGCUAAAUUUUUAAGUUGCUGUAGUUAUUAUUGUUUUAAAAAUCAUGUUAAAAAGCCAUUUUUACAAAACCUAUUUGUUAAAAAUUGUGUUGUCUUAAAGACCUCAGUUUUGCAUUGAGUAGUGUCAAAUUCAUAUUGUAAGCAACUUAUCAAAUGCCUAAUAAUUCAGAACAUUAUAAUACUGUUGUAUUUAUAAAUCUCUAAUAAGGCAUUGAAAAAUACAUGGAUUAAAAUUAAGUUACUGAGUAAUAUUGAAUUUGAUGAAAUGACCAUUCCUAAGUAUGUGUGUAAUUUCUACAUUUUUAUUGCACUAAGCUAAUUUUGAGAAGCGGUAAGGCCUCUUGGUCUAAAUACAGGUACUAAAGUUAUAGACAUAUUCUAUUUCUUUAUCUCCCUCUGAUUCAGUAUGUGACUUUGGACAAGUCCUUAAUUUUUCAGUGCCUCAGUUUUUCCAUUUUUGCCAUGGACAUAAUACUUUUUCUAUAAAUGAUUAUAGUGAGGAAUAAUUAAUUCUUCUGAAAUGCUGUAUUUGUAUUCUGUAAUUACUGUAGAACAUGAAAUAAAUUAACUUAUUCAUUCUUAUAUCUUUACUUAACAGGAUCUAAUCCUUAGUUUCAUUAUAAAUAUUUAAAAAGUUUCUCUAGGCAUAAAGUCCAAGUUGCCAUUCAAAAACUUUUUAAAAUGUAAUGGUGUUCUUUAAAUAAAUGAAAAAGAAACUGGGAAAUCUAAGCUUUUUCUAACUAUUACCUUUUAGUAUUUAUUGUAUUUCUUUUAAAAGUCACAAAAAACACACAAACAUGUGUUGUACACUAGGUCAACCCUGUAACAGGGUAUUUAAUAGCAAAAUGGUAAAAUCACAGUCAGGUGCAACAUUUUGUAAAUUUAGAGGUCGGUUUCAAAUAAGUAAAGAUAGAACUAACAAUAUCUGUCUUUUUGCACAGUUAUAAGACUUGUUCAUUUUUAACAUUUAAGCAAUAAAAUGCUUGAUAGUUUGAAUAGAACAUACUUGAAUAAUCAAUGCACUCCAAAAAAAAUCAGCUUCUAGAUUUGUGGUCUCCUUGAAACCUUAAUUUAAAGAGUAUUCAAACAAAGUAUAAAAAAUCAAGUGCAGUAUCACUUCUUUUUAGAUGUUAAUUGUACUUCUUAUUUGUAUAGAUUUUAUAUACAAGUCUAUAUUUAUGUCUUAUGUAUUAUAUAUAAAAAUGAUCCAACUUAAAAAUAAAGCUGAAAUUCCAACAAGUGUUUCUACUCUGU